GAUCAAAUUCGAACAUGCGGCGUUUGGCGCAUUGCAUCAGUCAUCAGUGUAUCGCCGCUGCCAAUUGAGUUAUUCUUCUCUCUAAAGAGCAAAGGCGAGCCCGAAAAUAGUGGAAUAUCUCGUUCCAUUCUCCAAUUUUAAUCCCAAUUCUCGGUGAAUUCCUGCUUAAGGAUGGAAUAAAAGACGUCAAUUGUGAGUUGCAAAUAUGGUGGUUUGGGGAAGCAGGAGACAUAUCAGUCACUUUUUUAGCUAGAUUAUGCUUCACCAGAAAAAAGGAUCCUAUGAGAUGUAUUUCAAGUCAAAGGAACGGAUCUGCUCCACGUGAAAAGUUGGCUAGAGUUCUUCAUACAUGUAUGUAGUUGCUGCUGAGCUUUUCCCAUUCAUCUUGCUCUACUGGAAAGCUUCAGAUGGAGGAAGGUUUGGGAGCCAGUGAACAAAUUCCUGAGGAUGAGGGAAGUGAUAAUGAGGCUGCCAAUGAGGAAGUUUUUGAUAUUACAUGCAAUGGCAUUGAGAGCGAUGGUGACCAAGUGCUAAACGUUGAGGCCAAUGAGCUUGAAACUACUGCUGGUCAAGUUCUUGAGUUUGAAAGCCUUGAAGCUGAGAGAAACUGUGAGCAUGUGCUAAAUUUUGAAAGCAGUGACCCAAGGGACAAUAAUCACCAGUUGCUUGAGUUUCAUGGCAAUGGUCUUGAGGAUCCAAGAUGUGGUGAUACAACAAUUAUUGAUGGUCACACUGGUUCAUCCCUGGGAAAGUCUUAUCCCCCUCCGUUUGUCGGUAUGGAGUUUGAGUCUUAUGACGAUGCUUAUAAUUAUUACAACUGCUAUGCUAAGGAGCUUGGUUUUGCCAUCAGGGUGAAGUCUUCAUGGACAAAACGCAACAGCAAAGAGAAGCGCGGUGCUGUUCUUUGUUGCAAUUGUGAGGGUUUCAAGACAAUGAAAGAAGCAAAUAGCCGAAGAAAAGAAACAAGGACAGGUUGCUUAGCGAUGAUAAGGUUGAGAUUGGUGGAAUCCAAUAGAUGGAGGGUGGAUGAAGUUAAGCUGGAACAUAACCAUCUGUUUGAUCCUGAAAGGGUGCAAAACUCCAAGUCACACAAAAAGAUGGAUGCAGGGGUUAAACGAAAGUUAGAGCCAGCAGUUGAUGUGGAGGUGCGAACAAUUAAGUUGUAUAGAACUCCUGCUGUUGAGACACCAGGCUAUGGAAGCUCAGAUGAAAGAGUAGUCAGCAGCCAGAUGGAUUGCUCCACACGUUUAAAACUCAAAGAAGGUGAUACCCAAGUUAUAUACAACUUCUUUUGUCGGAUGCAGCUUACGAAGCCCAACUUUUUCUACAUUAUGGAUUUGAAUGAUGAAGGGUAUCUAAAGAAUGUGUUUUGGAUUGAUUCCAGAUCCAGAACGGCAUAUGCUUAUUUUGGUGAUGUGGUUUUGGUCGACACAACAUGCUUGUCAAAAAAGUAUGACAUCCCGCUUCUAGCAUUCUUUGGACUAAACCACCAUAAGCAGACUCUUUUGUUGGGAUGUAGUUUGCUUGCUGAUGAAAGUUUUGAGACAUAUGUUUGGUUACUGAGAGCAUGGCUAUCGUGUAUGUCAGGACGCCCUCCACAAACUAUGAUCACAGAUCGCUGCAAAGCCUUGCAAAAUGCAAUAUCUGAGGUUUUUCCUCGGGCUCAACAUAGGCUUAAUUUGUCUAUUAUUUUGGACAGCAUUGUCGAGACAGUAGGCGAAGUGGGGGAAUCAUCAGUAUUCCAUGAGGUACUGUAUAAUACGGUGUAUCGCUCUCUUAAAGUUGAUGAAUUCGAAGUUGCGUGGGAGGAGAUGGCCCAACAAUUUGGCUGUAGGGGCUAUGGAUGGCUUCAAAGUUUGUAUGAGGAUCGGGAACAAUGGGCUCCUAUUUAUAUGAAAGAUACAUUUUUGGCUGGAAUAUCUAUUGAUCACCUUGGCGAGUUCAUGCGCCCCUUCUUUGGUGGAUAUGUACAUAAACAAACAAAUUUGGGAGAAUUUUUUGAUAUAUAUGAUUUUGUACUGCAAAAAAUGCACCGGAAGGAAGUUCUUUGUGAUCUUGAAUCGAGAGAAUUUAGCCCCGCCUUGAGAACAAGGUGCAAUUAUGAGUUACAGCUCUCUAAAUUGUAUACUAAGGAAAUAUUCUUGAAGUUCCAAGAUGAGAUGGCGUUGAUGUCUAAUUGCUCAGGUAUAGCACAAAUUCACGCCAAUGGACCCAUCAUCACAUAUAUUGUUAAAGAACGAGGGGUUCAGGGAGACACGAGUGAUACAAGAGAUUUUGAAGUUACUUAUGAUAAAAUAGGGGUGGAAGUUCGAUGCACGUGCAGUUUUUUCAACUUCAAAGGCUAUCUAUGCCGGCAUGCUUUAUCAGUGCUCAACUACAAUGGUAUAGAGGAAAUCCCAAAUCAUUAUAUAUUGUCACGCUGGAGAAAGGAUUUUAAGCGCUUUUAUGCACCAGAACUUGGCUCGAGCAACAUAGAUAUUAGUAACCCUGUUCAACGGUUUGAUCAUUUGCACAGACGUGCCAUGCAAAUAGUUGACGAAGGGAUGACUUCUCAAGAUCAUCAUAUGGUUGCUUGGCAGGCAUUUAAGGAGUCCUUGAAUAAGGUUCGUCUUGCAGCGGACAAACAUGUAUCAUAAAACCGAGUUGAGGUUUAUCAUUUUGUGUAGCUUCUGAACCCUUUUGUAUAAUUAUUAACCCACUUGCACACAUCAUUAUGUAUAGUGUAGUACUGAAUUUUAAAAGCCUUUCUUAGGGCAUUAUUUUGUUUUUC